AUGCCCUCAGCAACCAUUCCGUCUGCUCUCACCAUCAGACCCCGUCCUGAUCGCGUACCAGCAUCACAGGCACCAGUACAUGAACCAACACCUAGGAAACUAAAGCACAGACCUUGCACAUCAUAUCCAGAUUCAGAAGACGGUUCAUUCCUUCAGUAUCAUCCAGUUCAGCAGCAACACGUUCCAAAUUACUACGAGUCUAGACCAGCAAAACGACCCAUGCCUACUCCAAGUAAAACAAUUGCUGUGGUCAAUUCCUCUGGCCGACAAGCAGCCUCGUUUAUUCGUGUAGCAGCUGCUGUGGGAUAUAAAGUACGUGCUCAAUUAAGGAAUCUUGAUGGCAUCGUUGCUUCUGAGAUCUCAUCCUUGCCAAAUGUGACUGUUCUUGUUGGAGACUUGUACACCAAGAAAGCCGCUUUUGAUGGUCCAUCAGUCAACAAUAGCCAUGGAAAUACAGGAGUCAACCAUGAACUUAUCGCCGACGUCUUUCGUGGCGCUGAACUAGCGUUCAUCAAUACUACAUUCUGGGGUGAUGAAGUAGCAAUUGGGAAGGCUCUAGCCGACGCAGCAGAAAAGGCAAACAUCCAACAUUACAUCUACUCCUCAAUGCCCGAUCACUCGCACCUCACACCAUCUUCAGUUAAAGAACCUUGGCCAUCAUUGCCUCUUUGGAGCGCCAAAGCCACAACCUCCUCAUACAUUAAAUCUAUUCCCUCUCUCGCCGCCAAAACCACACAUAUGUUCACAGGAAUCUACAACAACAAUUUCACCUCCCUCCCUUACCCACUUUUCUGCAUGGAACUUCAAAAUGACGGUUCUUUCAUCUGGCAAGCUCCUUUCCAUGCCCAUGUCAAGCUCCCCUGGCUCGAUGCAGAACACGACGUCGGUCCGGCUGUUCUCCAAAUAUUCAAAGAUGGCGUCUCGAAAUGGGGAGGUCAGGAUAUUCCACUAGCCUACGAAAUGCUUUCUCCUACGGAAGCCUGUGCCGCAUUCUCAAGAGGUGUAGGUAGGCCGGUACGUUAUCGUAGGCGAUCCAAGAUUGAAGUCAAAGUCAAGAUCCCUACUGGAUACCGUGAGCAAUUGAAGGCCCUAGAGGACAUGUACGAACUCGGUCGCGAGGAUGGGGGAAAGCAGCCACCAUACUUUGGCACCAGAGCGCUGGAGGAGAAUUGUCCUGGUAUGGCUUGGGGACUUUGGGAGGGACCGAGGGGUUUAGAGGAGUAUGCUAGGGAGGUCUUCAUGCUGGAGGAGGCGGCAAAUGGGUUGACUUGGAUGAAUGAGGGUGAGGGAACGGAGGGAGACCAUGAACGUGGCGAGUUGGUGGGCGGUAUGCAGGAGGAUGAGGAAGAGGGCAGUGACGACGAUGAGGGCUUGAUCAUGGGUGGUGGAGUUGGCGGUGAAAAUACACCAGCUAGAAAGGAGGAGAGAUGGCUGGCAUGA